AUGACAGUCUCGUACACCUUGCUCGUCUCCGGCGCCCAGCUGGAGAGCUUCGUGCGCCUGCUGAUACGAUGGCGGGGCUCCGUGUGGAAAGCGGUCCUGCCUCAGCUCACGGUCUGGACGUUGGCAUAUAUGGGUAUUAGUAUGGUGUACAGAUUCGCGUUUGAUCGGGAUCAACAGGAGUAAGUGUUGUUUCUAAAAAAUUUUUAGACUUGCCGAUCUUUUUCAAAGCUUCAUUUGGUUGUUUACGAUGCUUAAAUUUUCUCUUAUUUGAAUGUCCCGGAAAUCUGUAAUUGCGUUUUCUAGAAUAUUCGAAAAAGUUGUCCGAUACUUUGACAAAGACCUCAGCAAAUACCUCCCUCUCAGUUUUCUACUCGGUUUCUUCGUCACGCAGGUUGUAAGUCGGUGGAGUCAUAUCACAGAGGAUUUUGGAUGGAUUGACAAGUAAGUUUGGUCGUAUUUACAGUGUAGGACCGGUUCCAGUGGCAAAAACGUACCAUUUUACAUCCGGGAAGUAUCAAAAAUGUGGCAAAAUGCUUCCCUCUCCAAGUGAAAAAAACUUUGUUUUGAAGAGCGCGGCCUUUUUCCUCAUAAAAAAAGAGAGAUUUUUCACUUGCAGAGGGAGGUAUUUUGCCACAUUUUUUGAUGCUUCCUGGAUGCAAAAUGGUAUGUUUUUUGCCACUGGAUCUGGUCCGCCACUGCAUAAUGUAUAUAGUCUAUCGCCCUUUCAUUAAUAUUGUUUUACUUUCACUGUAUGGCUGACAGUGACAGUGCUUCUAGUUUGGCUUUCAAUUUGAUGAAAAUUGGCAUAAAUUUUGAUUAAUUUUUUCUUACAAUUAGACAAAAAACUCCUUUUAAAAUAAUUUUUUAUUUGUCAGUUCGGCCACAAAUUUUGCCAAUUUUAUUCACGGGACGGACGAGGAAACGAGGAUGUGUCGAAGGACGCUGAUUCGAUACAUGGUGCUAAAUCAAGCGCUGGUUUUGAGGGACAUCAGUAUGCAGGUCAGGAAACGGUUCCCCACCUACGAGACAAUGGUUGCUGCAGGUGAGGAAAAGAAAUAUAUCUUCUUUGUUGCUCCAUUUUUGCCGUCCUCGGUUUAUAAUGAGCUCCGGUUGGUAUUGUGAUAUUCAAAAAGCGUAUUUAACGUCUAAGCCAAAACAAUGUAAAGGAGUUUCUUUUAGGCUUUAUGACCGACAAAGAGCGAGAGGAACUGAUGAGCGUGCAUGAUGAAUACACGAGGUAUUGGAUGCCAUUACAUUGGUGUUAUGGGAUUCUGGACAAAGCCAAACACGACAAACGUAUUGACAGCGAUCAUAUUCUUGUCUACCUUGUGGAGGUAGGCCUCCAUUGAACUUUAUUUUUCUAUCUUAUUGUGACAACAAAUGAACUUUUUUCAUUAACCAUCGUCAUUUAGGAUCUGCAACACUUCCGAGAGGGCCUGACAAGAUUGCUGAAAUUCGACUGGAUUCCUAUUCCUUUGAUCUACCCGCAAGUCGUAUUUCUGGCUGUACGAAUGUACUUUGGGAUCUGUUUAGUUAGUCGGCAACAUAUCAAAAGCGAUGAGGUAGGAAUGAGACAACUUUAAAAAAAACUUUUGUACCAUACAGUGGGGGACCUGAUCCAGUGGCAAAAAACGCACCAUUUUCUAAAAAGGAGUAUCAAAAAUGUGGCAAAAUGCUUCCCUCUCUUUUUGCAAAGCUCUGGUUUUAAAACUGCGCCCGCUCUUUUUGUGAGGGAAAGGGCGCCCUUCAAAACGAUUUCUUUUUUCAUUUGGGAAGCAUUUUGCCACAUUUUGCCGCGCCCUUCAAAACGAAGUCUUUCCACUUGGGGAGUGAAGCAUUUUGCCACAUUUUUGAUGCUUCCCGGGUGCAAAAUGGUACGUUUUUUGCCACUGGAUCGGCUCCUUCACUGUAAGUCUUCUUCUUUGCCGCAAAACUUUUCAACUUUUAGCAUUUUCCAUUAAAAAUCUUUUUCCAUUAAAAAUCUCUCCAAUUUUCCAGCUAGACCUCUGGGUACCCAUUAUGACAAUGGUUGAGUUCUUUGUCUACAUGGGAUGGAUGAAAGUUGCCGAAGCCCUCCUCAACCCUCUCGGAGAGGACGACGAUGACUUGGAAAUCAACUGCGUGAUGGACAAGAAUUUGAUUACCGGCAUGUUGUUGGCGGACCGUGGAGCGAACGAUGUGCCAAGCCUAACAAAAGACAAACAUUGGAAUGACCAUGUGAUUCAUCCAUUAUACACAUACACCGCAGCUGGAAGAACGGUUCAGCCGCUGGUCGGAAGUGCCUAUGAAGUCAAGUAAGUGGGCUUAUAAUGUUCAGCAAUCGACAAGCCUCGGACAACAAAAAAAAAUUUUUCAGUGUCUCAGAGUUCUGUGUAAAAAAACAACGCACCUGAUCCAGUGGCAAAAAAACGUAUCGUUUUGCAUCCGGAAAGUAUCAAAAAUGUGGCAAAAUGCCUCCCUCUCCAACUUAUUGAACUGCGCGCCCUUUCUUUGAGCAACAAUAAGUAGUGGGCGCGCUUUUGAAAUCGGAGUUUUUCACUUGGAGAGGGAGGUAUUUUGCUGCAUUUUUGAUACUUCCCGGAUGCAAAAUGACACGUUUUUCGCCAAUGGACCGCUGCACUGCACGUCCGUCAAAAAAUAAUUAUAAAAGAGAUCAAAAUCUAAAUCAAAAAUUUCAUUUUUCCAGUAUGGUUGAAGACGAAUCUAAAGUCCACAUGGUACCUCACAAAUCCAGACUGAGCCAUUUGGGCAAAGACACUUAUGUCAGCUGCUCAGAGGUGGUUGAUGUAACCGGUCACAACAAAGCUCAUUCGGAGAAAGUGCGGAGCAAAAGGGAAAAUAAUCACGACAGAGCGUGGAAAAGUAUUCGCGACAGGAGAAAGUAAGUGAGUUUUUUAUUGAAAGCUUCAUUGCACAGUAUUCUGUACUUUUGGGGCACAACCGACCUCCGGGACUUUUUCAUUUUUUUUCGGAAUGCGCUUGCUUUUUCUCUCCAUAUUUCGCUAGCCGUUUGCGCUAGAAGGCUGAAAUUUGGCAUGGCAGUAGAGCAAAAAGCUGGCUUUCAGAAAAUAUAAAUAUUGUCAGGAACCCCGCAGUACAAACUUCCCGUUAUUCAAGUCUUUGAACGUUUGUUAGACUAUAGUACCGUUUUAAACGUUCUCUGUCCAUAAAAAGAAACAUCUAAAGUAAUGCACUACAUGUAUACAGUUGCUCUCAUCUUUUAUUUCUUCCAUUGUCAAGUUUAAAGUCGUGAAAUAUCCUUGCUAUGCAUAUAAAAGAAGGUCGUAUAAGUAAUUUACUUUUCCAUUUCAGGGUAAAGCCAACCAAUGAAAACUCCGUGAUCCUCAACGGCCGUGACAAGACGGUUGUGGACCUGGACAAUAACACUGAACGCUCAAGAUUCUGA